GUGAAGCCUCCGCUGAUAGCCGACUAGCAAUAGGAGAGGGGGACUGCUGACAGGGCAUGUAGGCGGAGCCCGCCCCGUGAUUGACGCGCCCCCUCCCCCAGACUGAGCUGUGGCUGCAGUGCGGGAUUCGCCAGUGUGAGGUCGGGAGUUACCCGAGUACACCCGCGGGGGGGUCCACGAGACUGUAAACACCCGCGGGGGGCCGAAGUGGCACGAGUGUACCCCGGGGAACCUAUAGUCUGCCGGAUACACCCGCCGGGGGGGAGGACAAAGAGAGCCGUGCACACCCGCGGGCUACAGCCGGGAGGACACAUCGGGGAGGACUUGUCUGGGAGCACAUCGGAUCUACACAGCGACCACUAGGGAACACCUACCGGAGUGUGCCGGCAUCUACACCCGAUCCAGAGAGGUGGACCGCGCUCCCCUUGGAUGAGAGGGUGAUCUGAGGUUAUAGCGGAGUGAUGUUUGCGGGACACCCAGACAUGAUCGGCCUCAGCAUGGUGAUGUGGCUGCUGGCGGGGGUUACAGGACUGGAAGAGACUCUGCUGGACACGCGAUGGGCAACAUCUGAGCUGGCUUGGGUUGUACAUCCAGAAUCCGGAUGGGAAGAAGUGAGUGGCUAUGACGAUGCAUCAAACCCCAUACGGACUUAUCAGGUGUGUAAUGUGCAGCAGAUAAGUCAAAACAAUUGGCUUCGGACGCAGUUUAUCCCAAGGAAGGAUGUACAGCGUGUCUAUGUGGAGUUGAAGUUUACUGUACGAGACUGUAAUAGCCUUCCAAACAUUCCAGGAUCCUGCAAAGAAACUUUUAAUUUAUUUUACUAUGAAUCUGACACUGAUUCGGCAUCAGCUGACAGUCCCGUUUGGAUGGAGAAUCCGUAUGUUAAAGUGGAUACCAUUGCACCCGAUGAGAGUUUCUCAAGUCGUGACUCAGCUCGUGUUAACACCAAAGUUCGAAGUUUUGGCCCACUGUCCCGUGCUGGCUUUUAUUUGGCAUUUCAGGAUUUGGGGGCUUGUGUUUCUUUAAUCUCGGUACGUGUUUUCUACAAGAAGUGUCCACGCACAGUAGCUGGAUUUGCAAGUUUUCCAGAGACCUUGACGGGCGCGGAGCCCACCUCACUGGUGAUUGCCCCUGGAGCUUGUGUGCCUAAUGCCGUGGAAGUUUCUGUCCCACUCAGGCUAUAUUGCAAUGGCGAUGGGGAAUGGAUGGUACCUGUAGGUGUUUGCACAUGUGCACCUGGUUAUGAGGCAGCUGCGAAGAACACACAGUGUCAAGCCUGCAGCCGAAGUACAUACAAGUCCAAGCAAGGAGACGGGCCCUGCCUUCCUUGUCCUUCUAACAGCCGAGCAAGUUCUUCUGCAACAACGAUCUGCGUCUGUGUUGCUGGAUUCUAUAGAGCUGAUGCAGAGUCCCCUGAAACGCCAUGCACAUCUGUUCCUUCAGCCCCACGACAUGUGAUUUCCAAUGUGAACGAGACAUCUGUUGUCCUUGAAUGGGGAGAACCUGCUGUUUUAGGUGGCCGUGAAGAUAUUUCGUAUAAUGUCAUCUGUAAAAAGUGCUCAGAUCGGAUGUGCAGCCGCUGUGAUGAUAAUGUGCAGUUUUGGCCUCGUCAGCUUGGGUUCACCCAGAGACUUGUCUCAGUCAGCCAUCUUCAGGCACAUACCAAGUACAGCUUUGAAAUCCAAGCUGUAAAUGGGGUGUCUAACAAGAGCCCCCAGCCUCCGAGUUACUACACUGUAAAUAUAACAACCAACCAGGCAGCCCCUUCAGCUGUUCCUACAGUACAGUCUCAUGACCGUUCAGCGGGUUCUUUAACUUUGUCCUGGGCUGCACCUGAGAGCCCCAACGGAAUCAUUUUGGAUUAUGAGAUAAAAUAUUACGCCAAAGGUCACAGUGGUGCAGGAAACACAGUGACAAGCCAGCGCACAAGUGUUCGUAUGGAGGGCUUGUUUCCAGACACUGUGUAUGUGGUACAAGUUCGAGCUCGUACAGUGGCUGGAUAUGGGGCAUACAGCGAGCCACGGGAGUUUCAGACCUUGCCAGAAGAUGGGGAUCGGAGCAGUCUUCAGGAGCAGGUCCCGAUGGUUGUUGGUUCUGUGACCGCUGGGCUGAUUUUUAUAAUUGCAGUUGUCGUUAUUGUAAUUGUGUGUUUCAGCAGAAAGCAUAGGAAUGACCCAGAAUCUGAAUAUACAGAAAAACUGCAACAAUACAUGGUUCCUGGCAUGAAGCUGUACAUUGAUCCAUUCACUUAUGAGGAUCCUAAUGAAGCUGUGCGAGAUUUUGCUAAAGAAAUUGACAUUUCGUGUGUGAAGAUUGAAGAAGUGAUUGGUGCAGGUGAGUUUGGGGAGGUUUGCCGUGGACGACUUAAACAGGCAGGACGCAGGGAGCAGCUGGUGGCAAUCAAGACUCUAAAAGCAGGCUAUACUGAACAGCAAAGACGUGACUUUCUGGGGGAAGCGAGCAUUAUGGGGCAGUUUGAUCAUCCAAACAUCAUACGGCUAGAGGGAGUUGUGACCAGGAGUCGUCCGGUGAUGAUCUUAACAGAGUUUAUGGAGAAUGGAGCCCUUGACUCCUUCCUAAGGAUGAAUGAUGGGCAGUUUACAGUUAUCCAGCUAGUGGGCAUACUGCGUGGCAUUGCAUCAGGAAUGAAGUAUCUAUCUGAGAUGAACUAUGUUCACCGUGAUCUAGCCGCCCGUAAUAUCCUGGUGAACAGCAAUCUCGUCUGUAAAGUGUCUGACUUUGGUCUGUCCAGGUUCUUGGAGAACAGCCGAUCUGACCCCACGUAUACCAGCUCUCUGGGAGGAAAGAUUCCGAUUCGCUGGACUGCUCCAGAAGCAAUCUCGUACAGAAAGUUCACAUCUGCUAGUGAUGUCUGGAGUUAUGGUAUUGUUAUGUGGGAAGUGAUGUCGUAUGGUGAAAGACCUUACUGGGACAUGUCAAAUCAAGAUGUAAUUAAUGCAGUGGAACAAGACUAUCGUUUGCCGCCUCCUAUGGAUUGCCCGUCUGCCCUGCACCAGCUCAUGCUUGACUGCUGGCUCCGCGAUCGCAACCUGAGGCCUAAGUUCUCACAGAUUGUUAGUUCUUUGGACAAGUUAAUACGCAAUGCCGCUAGUUUGAAAGUGACCAGCACAGCUCAUGCAGGUGUGUCCCAGCAGCUUUUAGACCGUACUGUGCCUGACUAUACAACGUUUCCUACUGUGGGUGACUGGUUGGAGGCGAUCAAGAUGGGCCAGUAUCAAGAGAACUUUCUGAGUGCUGGAUUCACCUCUUUUCACCUAGUGGCUCAAAUGACAGCUGAAGACUUGCUCCGAAUCGGGGUGACACUGGCUGGCCAUCAAAAGAAGCUUCUCCAUAGUGUCCAAGACAUGAGGCUGCAAAUGAGCCAAACUCUUCCAGUCCAGGUGUGAAGUUACAACACAGUGGGACCAAAUUCUUCAUAUUGAAGAAACAAUAUGGACUAGAUAGAGCUCUACGGCAGCUCAAAGGUGCACAAAAGUAAUCCUGGAUCGUGGUGGGGUUUUGAGUGGAGUCACAGUUCCUUUGCACAAAAGAACUCUCAGCCCUCUGCUUGCUGGAUACUUGCACUUCAUUUUGAUUUACUGCUAUGAGCAGGAAAGAUUUACGAUACGCCUCUGCUUCUCCACCAUGGGCGCACCAGUCUGAAUGGAUUUCUGUGUGAAUGAUGAUAAUGUGUGUGUAAAAAUUAGUAGUGUAAAUGACAAGAUUAUGGAGUGUAUGUGAUUUAUAAGCAAAGUAAAGUUAAGUAGAGGGAUCCAUUGAGAGUACAAGAAAGGCAAUAUAUUUUAAGUGUCUUCCACCUAGUACAAAAACCUCUAGGCCAAUAAUAAAGGUGCAGGGUUGCAGAGCUAGCUAUUUGUUUUAUUCUCUAUGUAUCACCAGAAUACAUUCAUAAUUCCCAAUUGCCCCUUUUCUUUUUAGUUUAUAUCUGCAUGCAGAGUAUUCAGUGCCAUCUCUCCAAUUACAGAAGCCUAGCUGUAGGAAGGCCCUUUCUAUGUGGGUCUAUGGAAGUUGGACAUAAGCCCAUUGAAGUUUGACAUAGGCCCAUUGUUGUUGUUCUAUUCCAAUUGGAAGUAGGCCCUGCUCUGCAACAAGGCAUUCUUAAAGGGCCAGAAGCAUUUCUUAUAGAUAAUGAGAUGGAUGCCUACAGAUUAGUCACUUCUGCUUUUAUCUUCUUUUUUCUUUUUUUUUAUUCUGUUUCACAGUCCCACUACCCAUUUUAUUUUCUCAUCUCAGAUGGUGUCUCCCCUUAAUCAAAAUCCACUGAGUCCUCCCCAUCCUAUAUUUAACUCCUGCUUCUGUUUAUCCAUUUUCCUGCUUCUGUUUUCCCUUGUUACCUCUCCCCCCUGCAACCAUUUUAUGCUCUUUAUUUUGUGAGUUUACUCUCACUUUCAGUGAUAAGGGGGUGUGUUUAGAGUGGAAAUUUCAUCAUAACUUUACAUUUUAUAAUUUUUUUUAAGAAAUACCUUUUUUCAAUUAAAUUAUUUAAGGAAAA